AUGCGCAACUCUCAGCGCACUGAAGAGGAAGAAUCCUCGUCAUCAUCAUCAUCUUCGUCGUCAUCUUCCUCCACCCCCAUCACGCGCACGAGUCACCGCGUGGGCACAUUCACUCUCGCAUUCGUCUUUACCCUCUGUCUCCCCUACGUCUCUUCCUCUCCUCUUCCCGAACCUUUACCUUCCCCGACUGCCUCGUCUAGAUCUUCUGACUUGCUCUCAAACGCCCUGUCUUCCGCGGCCAGUCUCACCCGGUCCCUCCUCGCGAGAUCUCCGGACCCAGGCGGAAGCGAUCCAAGCAUCGUUGGAGACCUGUUCGAAUCGCUUUACGAUGGUCCCACUUCCGACGAUAUCCUUGGACCCAUCAUAGCCGUCGCAAAGAUCGAUUCUCAAGGUCUCUAUCACGUCCCUCCCAAUUUCAUCAUCCUCCAUCAACGCUUCAACGCCGGAUUCAUCGUCCUCUCUUACGCUAUCGCUUGUGUAGGAUCAUUGUGCACGUUAGAGCUACUCAUCCGACGAACGACCAAUAUAGGAUGGCGAAAUCGAGUCUUGUUGACCGCCGCUGGAUUCACCUUUGGCGCCGUCUCAACCUUUGCGAUGCACUUCAUCUUCAACAACUCGCUAUCCCUCCAUCACCCAUUAAAACCUCUCCAGUAUCCUUCUCUUCAUCUCGCCUACUCGCCAGGCUAUACCAUCUUAUCACUGUGCGCGAGCUGUUCCGCCAUGACUAUGGCCUUCUUCGUCAUGGGUACAAGUCUACAAGAUUGGUGGUUCCUCCCUUGUGUUGGAAAACGAAGACGACGACCGGAUGGAUCCAGCUACAAGUCGCCGUCCAAGACGUCCAUCUCAUCCGGCAAGUUCUCAGACAGAUCAAGCAAGCGACACGGUUCCAGUGUUGAAAAGUUUUUCCGUCAAGCCGGCAGCGUCGCCAAAUGGUCUCUCGUUCAACCGAUGACUGACGAUGUGGACGGGAUGGACCAAUCCAAAUGGCAGAAAUGGCGAAGAGGGUCCAAGGAGAAAAAGAUGCAGGAGAAACGUAGGUCUUGGGCCGGUUAUACAAAUGGAGAAAGCACAGAAGAAUUCGUAAAGAUCAAUGGGGAAGCUACACCUUUGGGCGACGUACCGGCUCUCGCUCGGUCACCACCCUUGGAAUUGGUAGACUCUCGACACAGUGAUCAAGAAGUCGUCACGUCUCAAAGACCACCGGACAUGUCUUUGUUCACUCCAGGGUACGAUUUCGGCGGUUCUCCCGAGGCUCAACGAAUGGAUCCAGAUAGCAGUCUGCAGGAAACAAUGGGUCCAGUCAGUCCGACAUCUCCAGACGUCUUACUUCCAGCGUCUCCCCGAAAAUACCCGCCCUUCUUCGUUCCCGAUCAACCAGUCAAGAAAAAGCCUGUCCCGCCAGUCUUGCCUAGACGAGGCUCUCUACCUGUCUCUCCCACACUUGCCCGGACUAAUUAUCGUCAACAAUUGGCGCUCACCAGAAUCUCUUCUCUCCCGGAAGUCGAUAUGGAAGUCACGUCCGCCUCGUCAAAUCGAUCAUCUCGUCAGACUUCAGCUCCAGCUGUGCCUCCCCGAGGAUCCUCGACCAUCAUCUCCCCACGGCAAUCAUCAUUGCAAGAAUCAUCAGCUCAGCCCGUAGACGUCAGGGAUCGUGUGGUACAACGCAGGACAUACUCGAAGAUUGAGCAAUUCUUCGGAUUGGACGUCAUCAAUCGAGUGGAAAUGGUCAAACUAUGCAUCACAGGCUGUAUCGCAGGUUUUGGUGUGGCUGGCAUGCACUACAUUGGUCAACUCUCCAUCGUUGGCAUUCCUUACAUCGCCUACAGAGUGCCCUACGUCAUUGGCUCUGUCAUUAUCGCAUGUGGAGCGGUCACCAUCGCCUUGUACAUCCUCUUCAUCAUGCUUAGGCCAAAGUUGAAGCACACUUGGGCGGCAAAGAUCGUAGUCGCUGCCAUCUUGGCCACUGCCGUCUGCGGUAUGCACUUCACGGGCAUGAUGGGGACGAUCUACGGUUGGCGUAUCCACGACAAAAUUUCCACCGUGGCUCUUCUUGAAGGCACUAACCGCGCCAUUACUGCCAUCGUCGCGUGUCUCGCUUUCGCAGCUUGUAUCGCUUCGGCCGUCUUCUUCCUGCUCCACUCCCUCAAGCUCAGACGCGAACGCGCUCGUCGCCGUAGAGUUGUUGUCGCUGCCGUCAUGAUGGAUCAAGAGGAUCGAGUGCUGGUCAAUUCGACGGAUGGCAUGUUGCCAAUGUGUGAUAUUGCGAACCUAUCCGGAGGCGUAGCGAGAGAAGUCCCCAGCUCGAAACGGAGUCAUUCUGGACUUUCCGGAGGAGACAAGUCGACGAGCUCGGGAGGAUCAGUUCUUGGAAUGGAUUUGUCCCCAGGACACGAGGCGUUUGUCAGUGCUCUCAAGCUCACGUGGUCUUGGCGACAUUCGCUCGGCCUCAGUCCGGAUAGAGAAAAGGAAGCUAUCAAGGGUCAUGCCCACUCGGUAUCCGUGACAAGCGCGUCCGCUGUACCGGCACCGACGCCCAACGGAGCUGAGGAAAGACGACCGUCCACCGUGACUGAGACUAGCUCAGCUCUGACGGGUUCACCCAAACCGACGUCUUUGUCCGCAUCAAAGUUCCUGGACAAAUUCGCGUCGUCGACUCGGGAGCUAGCCACUGCGCUCAACGGUCAAUCGACGCCCCUGUCACACCUUGGAGUAUUGUAUGAUCAGAUUCUGACGACUGGAUGGGUCAAGUUGAACAACUCGAAUGAUACCGUAUCGAAAGGACAAUUGAUCUUCGUCGUUCGUCGAGUGCAAUCUGAUAUCGAGCAGAAUGCCUUGCUCACACGUCAAUUCAUCUUUGCCGAUCCUCAAGCCGUCGCUGCGACAUUGGUCAAAACACUCAGUGUGCCUUUGGAUCACGCCACGCCCCUCUUGGCUGACAUUCGACGAUUCUGCGAUUCGACGAUCCGAACGGUGCCUACACCAGGUAAAGUCUAUGCUGGUGUGGCGAUCGUUCAAGCGACACCAUUUGAUGGCCUUCGAGUCUUGUUGGAACAGGGCCACAGGGCCCAGCUUCCCAUGCGGGAGAUCUGCUCCAUUGACCCCAUUCAAUCACCACCUGCGCUCGCCGCUUCUUCUUCAAUCCCGACAUCGCCCAUGGAUCCUGAGAAACGGUUCUAUCUCGACGAUGAAUUGACUGGAACGGUGGACCAAUUGGGCGAAGCCAUUACUUGGUUGGACGGCAUGUCCCUCAUGGCCAUCAUGACGCGCAAUAUGAACAUGUCGAACAAGCGAGCAUCGUCCUCGUCCUCUAUCGACGAUCAUCUCGGUGGACCACGCGUGACCAAACUCCUUCAAGCUCUCGAACGAGCCAUCGUCCCAAUGUUAGAUGACAUGCUCUCGCCGGAAGAUAUGGCUCAUAUCUUGCCGAGAUUGUACCUUCACCCUGUGCUCGUUCCUCUCACUCCGGGUCCCACAUCACCUACCUCGACGUCAGGCUAUGUCCCACCUUACAUCGUGGUCUUUUACGCCAACUAUGACGCAGCAGUCAACACAUUUACAGACAAGUGGCUCCCUUUCACAUUAUUCAGAGCCCAAAACGCUUGCGUCAUGGCUCAGAGUAUAGCAGUGGCUCAGGAGAGAAUCGACCCGCCUGCAGCGGCUCCUACCCCUUCCUUUGGUCCCGGUUCGACGAAAUUUGACUCGCCACAACCGUUGUCUACUCCAUGGUCACCUGAAGCUCCUCCCGCUUUGAACCAAGACAUCUUUGCGAGACGACCCAGCAGAGUUCAAUUCGAUAUGAGUCCUCCUACUAUCAGUCCUCACUCGGCUCAUGUGGCUCUACCCAAUGGGAACGCCACCGCCGCCCUGGUGAACGAUGAUACUGCCUCGACGACCUUCCAAGGCUUUUCGUUCCCUCCCAAGGAGGCUAUUCCGAAACGGAGACAGAGUCUUCCAGGUCCCAUGGCAACGCCUCCAAAAGGAAGGAAAUCCUCCUUCACAUCGACGUCGCCACACGGUUCAGCUGGUUCAGCUGGUGGUUCUGCCUCUGGUGGUUCAUCAGGUUCAGGCUCCAAAUCGAGCUUUGAAGAACGAUUACCUACGUCGCCCAUCUCACCUAUGUCGGGCCACCAUACCAACGGUACCGUCACUUUACCUCGCAAAAGCAGUCUCGCUGCGAAAUCCCGAUUCGACGAUAAAGAUCUCGUGGAGACGCUUGGCGUAGGGUACUGGGACCCAGAUUGGUUGUUGCUCUUGUUAAGAACGAAAUUGAGAGCAGAGGCGUAA